UCCCGAAAGAUUCUCGUACAACUUCGUACUCUUCCGUAUAUAAUCGCAAUCCCCGAAACAUACAUAUUUCGUGAAGUUGUUUCUUUUAUUGAACAAUGGAUACAAUAGUUGGACGCGUUUUUGUAUAUGGUGGCAAAGGUGCUUUAGGUUCGACUUGUGUCUCAAAAUUCAAGUCGAGAAACUGGUGGGUUGGAUGUAUUGAUAUGAAGGUAAAUGACCAAGCUGAUGCAAAUGUGAUUGUAAAAGCAGAUAGCAACUGGCAAGAACAGGAAGCUGAUAUAUUGCAACAAGUUACAAAUAUCUUAAAAGGAAAUAAAAUAGAUGCAAUUAUUUGUGUUGCUGGUGGAUGGGCUGGUGGAAAUGCAAGUAGUAAGGAAUUUGUAAAGAACAGUGAUCUUAUGUGGAAGCAAAGUGUAUGGAGUUCAACUAUUGCUGCUAGUAUUGCUGCUCAACACUUGAAAGAAGGAGGAUUUUUAUCAUUAACUGGUGCUAAAGCAGCUUUAGCAGAAACACCAGGAAUGAUAGGAUAUGGAAUGGCUAAAGCUGCUGUUCAUCAACUUACUAAAUCUUUAGCAGCUAAAGACAGUGGUCUUCCAAAAGAUUCUUUAGUUGCUUCUAUUUUGCCUAUUACUUUAGACACACCUAUGAAUAGAAAAUGGAUGCCAAAAGCUGAUACAUCCAAAUGGACUCCACUUGAAUUUGUUGCAGAUCUCUUCUGGAAAUGGUCACAAAAUCAAGAACGUCCAGUUAAUGGGAGUCUCUUACAAUUGAUUACUGAAAACAACAAAACAGAAUUAAUUGCAGCUUGAAAAUAAAAAAACUAUAUUUGUUAAACCAGAAACAUUUAGAUGCUUCCAUGACAA